AUGAUUGAAAAUGAAACAGAUACUGAGAUGGUAAUCACACCCAACAAUGCCGACUUUUGGCCACCAUGCCCUCGGAAUGGCAUUCAGUUCAAUGCCAUUAGGGCCGGUUGGGAGGAGCUCAGUGCUCCUCUUCAAAGCUCCAAUCCUGAGAUAAUCAAAUUCUUGACAUCCAUAACUCGCCCACUCUCAGAGCAUGCCAUUAUCAAAUGUGGUCUGGAGAUGUGUCAUUACUUGGAUGAGAAACUCGAGGCAGUACUUGCUCGAUGCAUAGCUGCUAAACACCAGGACACCGCUGCUUCCUUUGGCAUUAUGCUCAGUCGAAUUCAACUAACAUGCAAGGUCACAAGUAUGCUGGCAGACAAGGACAGGGCCUACAAAUUGAUGCAGGUCAUAUGGGACGCUUGUCUGGGGCACGUUGAGGACGCACCAGUUUAUAGAGAAUUCAAUGAGAUGGGCCAUGUCAACCUCUCAACAGACAUUGGUAACCUGCUGAGAUGGCCUGACGAUUCAGAAGAAGGGAAAAUGAUCAGGGAGUCUAUCAUACCCAUGGUUGCACUUCUAGCUCGCACCUGCCCUAUCAAGAUCGGGGAGAUCAUGCAAGAUUCAGCUCUGCUCGAGCUCAAUGGCGUGCCUGCGGAGAUACUGUGCAGCAACCUAGCCGUAUCUGACAAAUUGUUCAAGAGUGUCGGGUCCAAGCACAAUGCUGUGUGGGCGCACUUUGAUAGCAUUUCCAAAUCCACUCCCCCGCCAUGUGAUAGGGAGGAAUCUCCAUUAACUGUAUUCUCGGAGGAAUCUGAGCCCAGAUCCAUAGAUGCUCAAGGGGACUGGUUGGCGUUGGCUGUGCCAAUCCCUACCAAGUCAGCGGGCGUGCAAGUGCAGACCAUUGCAACCUCAUAUGAUCCCGGACACACCGAUAACUCACGUUUCCCAGCUUGUCAAGAUAGGAACAAUAACAAUGAAUGGACAGAGAGAGCUCGUGCAGAGGCAUGUGGAGGUAGCAAACCAGCAGACCUCCAGGAGCUGGAGACCAUGUGA